AUGUACCAUGUUCCGUUGGUACCGCGUGAUGCCGGACGCGAGGAGACAAUGUUUAGAAUUGAUCAAUCGCUCACAAAGUUGAUGCAGGUUUCUGAUGACGUCUUCAACAAAGUUGAGCAGAGGAUCGUGAGGAUUCAGCAGAAAGCUGAAAGAAUCAAUCAGAGAACGGAGACAUUGGAGAGAAAGUUGCAGAAGUUACAGGAGUCUGACAACAUCAUCACUUUCUUAUUGCCUCGCCAACUUCCAGACAUUCCGAAAUCAGAACGAACACCAUCAAUAUCUCUUUUUCGAGUCAAUGUUGAUUCCGGACAAAUGGCAAAGUCGGAAGAUCUUCCAGCAUUUCAAAGGGCAGAUGAUCAUAUUCUUCGCCCUUGUGAGCCCAUUGAUUUCACUUAUGAACUCAAAAAAACUGACAAAUUCUACCUGACAAGUCAAGUUAUGCGAGAAUACGAGCAUAAAAAAUGGGAAAAAUUCAAGAAGAAGUUGAUAGGAGGUCUCCGAGAGCUUCCUCUCUGUCGAGACGACUUCAACAUCGCCGAGUUGUUCUACGCGGGUACUUCUAUUCCUGCCUAUGAAGGUGUUGGUGGAGACUUCCUGCAGAGACAUCUAGAUUCUGACGAUGGGACAUCGACAAGAAGAAGUGGACGGAACGAAGAGGCUAUCCAGUCGAGACUCCAUGAGCAGCUUUUGGAGGAUACUGCCUUGAGUAGGCUGAGUAACGAUGAUGUGGAUGACAAUCAUCCACUGGCGUUCCGAAUGGAGCAAAGUGAUACGAAACCAUUGGUAGAGAUGCCCAAUAGUUUGCCAAAUCUCAAAGGUCAUGCUCAGGAUUUCACACUUCGAGACCUAGGAAUCGAUGAGGAUCUUCUUCCUGACCUCACCGAAGAUAUCGUCGUGGAAAUCAGUGAAACCCCAGAACCGACCACUGCAUUUGUUCCAGUGGUAGUCGCUGAAACAAUAGAACAACCCGUUCCUCCACCCGUUGCUGUCGUUAUGGUGCCUGCAGCGAUAACGAUUCCUUCCAUCGGAUCCCCUCCACCUCCACCGCCGCCGCCACCUCCACCGCCUCCACCGCCUCCUCCUCCUUCAGCGAUUCCUCAAACUCCUACCCAAUCCACUGCAUCAUCGGUAACCUUCAGCCCAACAAAGUCAGUCGAUGGUGGCCGUUCAGACUUGAUGGCAGCGAUUCGAGCAGCUGGUGGAGCAAGUAACGCAAAGUUGAGCAAAAUGACUGAUAGGCAAACUCCGAAACGGAAAGGAAGAUUCGAUGGGAUUCUAGAGUCCUCUGCUCUAGGAUCAGAGGCAUCUCUAGCACGGAAUGCUCCUUCUUCUGCAGGAGGUGGAGAUUUGAUGAGUGCUUUAUCGAAAGCUUUGGAUGCCAGACGAAAAGCUAUCAGCGGAAGGAAUGAUCGAGCAUCAACGUCGUCUGUGAAUCCCACGUCAUCUGUUCCUGCCCCACCGGAUUUCAAUGACGAUGAUUGGAAUUGA